UCAGAUCUUAUGCUCCUUAAUAAGGCGCAUUCAACAUCAAUAUCAAACCUGCACUGCUCACAGUGGUAAGAAAUGCCCAUCAUACAAGUGCCACAGGCUUGGCAGCGAAAGGGCUGGACUCGAGUUUGGAGGGUGAGAGGGCAUGAGUGAGUGAAGUUUUGGAUUUUUUGUGGGUACUGGAAUUCAGCACAUGGUUUGUGAAGAAAGAUACCACAAGGGUCACAGCCAUAGCAAGCACCGAAGCAAUGUCCCCCACAUACAAGGCACUUAACACGAUUGGCUACCUCAUCCUUCUUUUCAACCAGUACCAUUGGAUGCAAGUGGGUGAAGUGUAGCAGUUGCUUACAGCCUUCUUCUACAGUAGGAAUUAGAAAAGCACAUUCAACAUGCAGGUCAAAAUUGCAUACCUCACAGUGGAAGUAGAAGCCGUUGCAACUUCUAAAACAAGCCCUGCAGGGAAAUGAUAUAUGAGCAUCAAAAAGUAGGACGAGAGGUCCGUGUGGGUGAAAGGGAUUUUUGAACUCUUUUGGCAACUCGGCGCAUGAUUUAUGCAGAUAAAACAAGCACUGGGUGCAAGCAUAAAGUGGAACGGUGCAGAAUUUCAGGCAACCUUUGCAUAUAAUGUUCUUCCUGUACUUUGAUGAAAUUUUUUUCUCAGUUCCAAUUAGGAUCAACGGGUGCUCAUGACUGAAAUGAUCAAUCUCCAUAGCUCUCUAAAAGUUUUUAUUUGUCAGAUCUUGAGCGAGUGAUCUAUAUUCUAGAGAAACUAAGAAUUUGGUGAUGGAGAAGAAGAUGUUGACAAUCGAAGUUCAAGAGACACCUCGAGAUAUGAUGAGAAAGAUGGGAGUCUUAUUGGGAGGAGCAGCCUUUUUCUAGGCGACCAAACACAGCAUUUGAAGGUAUACACUACAGAGGCCUGAUUUUCAAUUCUCGAACGUUUCUGAAGACGCUGUGACAAACAGUUUCCGGGAAGCUUUGAGAGGGAAUGGUCACACUUCAAGAUCAACUGCAGAGGACGGAGAGGUCUGUACUACCAGAAGACUUUUUGUUGAAGGAGAUUCAAGAAUUGGGAACGUAAGGAUUCGUCUUUCCACUCUUGAAACUAACCGGGUUUACACACACUUGUAGUUCUACAGCCCAGUGGGGUGAAAAAGAUGGGUGAAAUUCAUUUGGCUGUGAGAUUCACUCGCUCCUCGUUGCCUAAUUUGAUGCACAUGUACUCACAGCCGCUUUUGCCAAAUAUGCACUAUCUUCAUCCAUUAACUAUUAUGCGGCCUUAUUGGCUGAGGCACCAAGCAACUCAAAUUGUAUCAAUGAGAUUGGGCCAGGCUGAGCCACGGCUGAGGAAAGAGGUGGUGCAAUAUAUGUUGGAUGUGGACUCCAACACGUGGAGUUUGAGGAAGUACAAACUAAACCUUUCCAGGGUUAUGAGCGUUUGGGAUUGGUUAAUCGCCUUAAAAAAAUGGUAUGAUGGGGUUUGCAACUGGGAAAACUACAGCACAAAUAUAUUACUUCACAUAUUUUAUUCAAUACUGGUCCUCUGUCCAGAGUUCGUCUUACCCGCCAUUUUCCUCUGCCCUUUCUUGAUUGGGUUUUGGUAUUAUAGACACAGGCCAAAGCAUCCUCCUCACAUAGACGUUCGCCUUUCUUAUGCUGAUUCUGUAAAUCCUGAUGAACUUGAUGAAGAAUUUGAUACAUUCCCAACUUCCCGGCCUUCUGACCUUUUAAGGGUAAGAUAUGAUCAGUUGAGAAUUAUUGGUGGGAAGCUUCUAAAGGUUGCUAGUGAUGUAGCUGCUAAUGCGGAGAGGCUGCAAUAUUUGGUGCUCUGGCGAGACCCAAGAGCGACAUCGCUAUGUAUGAUAUUCCAUCUGGUUGCUGCCAUUGUUGUCUAUUUUACACCAGUCCAAGUUGUGUUCCUUCUCACGGGAUUCUACGUGUUGAGGCAUCCUAGGUUACGUCGUAGUGGCCCUAAUGGGUUUCCUUCAAUACUAUCGAAUUUUUUCAGGAGAUUGCCUGCGAAAACGGACUGCAUUUUGUGAGCAAUGCCAGUUUUGUCUGCAAUUACUUUUGAACAGACUGGUCCAUGAUUGAGUUCCCCUCUUUCAUUCAUGUUAAGCAAGUGAAGAGAAGAUGCGAAUAUAAAAAAUGGCGCUCGUCUUCUUUCGAUGUUUGCAGCUGAUAUUGCAUUAUGCUUUCAAUGUUUAGUCUUUCUUGGAAGCGUGGCUUAUGGUAAUUAGCUAAAAAAAAAAAAA